ACUGAGGUUAGUGUCGAUGUCCUGUCACACUGAUGGGGGCCGACGGCAGUAAAAACAGGAAGAGGCCCACCGAAGGGCAGGAGGAUGAGCACUUCCCAUCUGGAUGGCGUGGCUUCCUCUCGAGCAUGGGUCUGUCCAUCCCAGCAGGCCUCUGUCGCUUGGCCCCAACUGCCCUGCGUCUGGGCCAGCGUCGAAUGCUCCAAGGCAAGUCCCCUGACAUCCCAGAACAUGUCCUGAGGUUGGCAGGAGUUGGACCAGACAAGCUAAGAGCAGAAUGGAGUCUGCCAGGAUUUAUUAUCAUGUUCCUGCCCGAAUUUCCCCACAGAACUGUGCCUGGGCAUGAGCACUUUCAGGUGUUGGGUUACAUCGCCAAAGGUUCCUUUGGACCCAUUCUGAAGGUGAAGGACAAGGCCAAACAGAAAACAUAUGCUGUCAAAGUUAUACCUAAAUCAGAGAUUCUGAGGCUGGGGGUCUUGGAGCAGUCGAAAGAAGAAGUUAUUGUCCAGCGUCAGGUUCGUCACCCUUUUGUCCAUGACCUCGAGGACUGCUGGCAGACACAGCGCCACCUCUACAUUAUGUGCGACUACUGCAGCACAGGAGACCUGUACACCUACUGGCAGAUGAUCGGUCAGUUCACGGAGGACACCAUACGAGUGUUUGCAGCGGAGUUGGGAUGUGCGCUCGGCUUUCUGCAUGACUUUGGAAUCAUCCACAGAGAUGUGAAGAUGGAGAAUAUCCUGCUGACAGACAACGGACACCUCCGCUUAGCUGACUUUGGUUUGUCCCGUCGCCUGGAGAGAGGAGGACGAGCCUUUACUAUCUGUGGAACAAUCCAAUAUAUGGCCCCAGAGGUGCUGAGUGGGGGACCCUAUAACCACGCAGCUGAUUGGUGGUCACUGGGAAUUCUGCUUUUCUCAUUGGUUACUGGGAAGUUCCCUGUGCCUCCAGAACCAGACCACUGCUGCAUGCUGAGGAAAGUAAGGGGGUUUCCCUACGAAAUGCCCCUUAGCUUCAGCCCCCCAUUUGCCUUGCUAAUAACUGAGCUUUUAUGCAAGACUCCCUCCCGCCGCCUGCGGACCCUCGAUCGUUUCAAACGCCAAACCUUCUUCUAUGGAACAACUUUUGACCUCACUCUGCUGCAGCGUCAGCCUGUGGAGGUGAUUCUGGAGCUGAGAGAGAGACCGGACCGAGCCGCCAAAGCUCGACGAGGACUCACUUUGUCUCUGCAACCUCUAAAAGGCUUCGACUAUGACUCACUGCUCAGCCCUCCGGCCACGCCAGACACACAGUUGGAUGUCGACACACAAACACACACAGUUGCACCACUGCCAGGCCCGGCACACCUACUGCAGCCUGCUCAGGAAAAAGGUCCACACAGAGAAGUGUUUGUGUGACGUACUUUGAGUUUACAGUAUGAUUACUAACACGCUAAAGGUAAAGGCCUAAAUAAAUGUACUUCUGCACACUUAUUCACCCUUACACACAGGUGUGGUGCGCCUUGUAAAACGUCUUAUUUAGAAAAAGCCAAAAUAGCUGAUUAUGAUUUUAUUGGAUCUAUAGUUUAGAAGGGAAUGAUUUAGUUGAGUAAAAAACACCACUUUUCCACUUAUUGGCAAGUUUUAUCUUUUUUUUUUGUGAUGUGCUGAGCGCUAUUUUUUUCUUGUUUUUACUUGUUUGCCUUGCUCCAAUGAGCACCUUUUCAAGCCUACUGCAUUUGCUCAACAGUUGUGCAAGAAAGAUUGCACUAUUGUCCAUCUACUACAGUUUUCCAGUGACUGGUCAUGGUUGCCCUGUUAGUACAUAAUGUACGACUGCUAUCAAACUCACACCACAUGGAAAAGUCAUGCUGGUUGAAGACAAUGCACCAAAUUCCUUUUUUUUCCCCCUUUUUUUCUCAACAAGUUGUAUGUAGUUAAGUAGACAUCCAACCAAAACCACAAAGGGAGUGUAUUUCUGAGCUUCUGCCUUUGUUUUCAUGUUACAUGAUUAUGAAAAUCAUGCAACAAAGUAGACAGAAGAAACUCAUUUCCUCAUGCUGUUGAAGCAAGCAAUAAGAUUAUGCUAUGAUCUUUAUUUUAAAAUACAUUCUCUACCUUUUUUCAUGCUCUGAUACGACCUUUCCCAAACUGCCUAAAUUCUGCUGCAGCAGAAACACCUCUCCUCCUGCACUAUGUAAAAAUCAUGCAAGCAUCACAACAUCAGAUCAAGAUGUGUACACCUUCAACGUCUACUUUAUCAUUUAUAACCUGCGACUCAGGGGAGCAAUCACUGGUUUUCCCAAGUCAGCCUUGAUUUUGAUUCCAGGACAGCUGUACAGAUGUGAGCUGGGACUGUGAGGGUCGAUUGAACAACACUGUUGUUUAUCCCCAGUUAACAUUUUGAUAGAUACAGGGCUUUUUCUAUUGUCCAAGGUUGCCGUAACCCUAGCCAGUAAUCACACCUUCAAGCACUUUCCUGAUCAUCAGAUUAUAUUAUGAUUUUGUAAAGUAUGCCCUGAUGUGUACCCAGAAUGCCUCAAACAUGUGAUCCUGAGCUUGCUUUUUUUUUUGUCAGAAAAUGCUUAUUUAUAAAUUCCUCUUUACAAAGUUUAUAUGAAUAUUUUGGAUGCUAUUU